GGCUGUCAGACGAUCUGCGUGGAACUGUUUUACGUUACUUGUACCUUUUGUGUAGCUUUGGACGAGGGGGAACUGAUUUGCACGUUUGUUGUUCGUGUGGGGGGGCUUCCCGGAGGAUGGUUUGGAUAACUACCUACGCAAAGUGUGGAAAAGUACCCUCAUAGUAGAGGUAAUUAAGUAUUCGCGCAGGUACGUUCGUCCCACUACUCCGGAAAGGUAAUUUUUUUUUUUUUCCCCCAUGGGUGAAGAGUCCCCCCGAUGGUACUGCAAAAAAGGGGACAUUCUGUCACAGUAAAGGUGUAAGUUAGGAAGGCAUAAAGGAAAGGGUUUUUUCGGGAAAGCCAUACUCUAAGGAACAUAUACAGUACAUAGUCAUACUCGCAUUUGCGUGGUGAGCGAAUAUUGGCCAACCAUCUGUAGUAGGUAAAUAUGCGCCACCAGGUGCUCGCUUGCACCAAGCUGUUGACUAGUAUGUUCAUACUUUUUGCCAAAAUGGGGGGAGAAAAAUGCAACAAAAAAAGGAGAAAGAAAAAAGGGGAAGCUGACAGUGCAAAAAGAAAAAAAAAUGAUCAAUUUGUGAAUUUUGCAAUGUAAGAGUUAACCCUGUGAUGAGAAGAAAAAAAAAAUAAAUAAAUAAAACAUCUGAAGGAAGCCCCUAAAGGAGAAAGAUCAGUCCCAGAAUAAGUGACGAGCUUACAAUUCUGUACAUUGCGAAAAUGUGAAGGGGUGGAGGCAGUCCGAAAAAAGGCAACUCAUUUUUCUAAACCGCUUAGCGAGUUAUCCACCCAGAGUAGAAUGCGGUGGAGAGAUAAACAGAGGAUCCUCCAAUUUGGCUCACAAGAGACCCUACCCCUUCCGCUUCUCAAAUAGGGGGAAGAAUACCCCACGUGGUUAGCGACUACGAAGGUGAAGCAGCGCAUUAGUGAGCGAUCGUAUGUACUUACAGAUGCGCUUUGUAUGGCCUUCUUUUCUUUACCGGGCGUGGUGAAAAAGUAGUGGAAAUCCAACGGCAGUUGGCACCAAAGCAGAGGAACAUUGGAAGCACAUCUUAAUCGCUCGCAUUUGGAGAAACGGCUCAUCUUUUCAAUUUUUCGAAAGGGUGUUCAUCAGUAGGGAGGACAACCCCUACAAAAGAGGAGCGCCAUAAGAGCUUAUUCACGUGGGGCAGUGGACGGAGAGUUAUGCCAUUUGGGGAAGCAACAUUGCUCGUGCGUCAACGUCGAUUCACACGGUAAGGGGAUACAUCUACCCUGUUUAAGGGGUGAAAAAGGCACAAAUAUUUGUGAUUAUAGAGGACCCCCAAGUAGGGUAACCACAUAGAAGUAGCUGCCACACGUAGGAUCUUAUCAAACCUGUGGAGAGACAACAUGCCGACGAUUUCCGUGCACGAAGAGGACCUCAUAGAAAAGCUGGGGGAAAAAAUCGAAGAGGAAAAACUGAACGAUAUUUGCUUCGAAUUUGGGAUAGAAAUUGACGACGUAGAAUACAAAGGGGAAAAAAAGAUUUACAAAAUUGAAGUGCCGGCAAACAGGUACGACUUGGUAUGUGUGGAGGGGCUAUGUCGAGCGCUGAAAAGUUUUAUAGGGAAAUAUGAAAAUGUUAGUUAUGCCCUGUUAACGAAUAGUGAAGAGGCGUGUGUUAAGGAAAAGCACUUCAUGCGAGUGGACGAAUCGGUGGACGAACGGAGAAGCUACGUCGUUUCGGCCGUUUUGAAAAAUGUAAAAAUGAAUGAAAAUGUAUACAAUAAUAUUAUAGAGCUGCAGGAAAAGUUGCAUCAUAAUUUGGGGAAAAAAAGAAUCCUGCUGGCGAUAGGAAUUCACGAUUAUGAUAAGAUAAACUUCCCUGUGGCGUACAAAUUUGAAGAGAAGGAAAAAAUAAAUUUCAUUCCCCUAAACGAAACGCAAAAUGUGAAUGGAAAUAAUUUUAUAAAUUUUUAUCAAGACAAUAUAAAUUUAAAAUCGUAUUUAAAAAUUAUUAGCGAUUUUGAGAAAUUCCCAGUCAUCGUCGAUGCAGGCGGUCAGAUAUUAUCGCUCCCCCCGAUUAUCAAUUGUGAUUAUACCAAAAUUACCUACGACACGAGGAAUUUAUUUAUUGAAUGUACAGCGAUUGAUAGGAACAAAGCCGAAAUAGCUGUCAACAUUAUAUGUUCUAUGCUGUCAGAAUACUGCACUCCGAAGUACUCCAUUCACUCCUUCUUCGUCCAGUAUGAUAAAAACCAUAAGGCGGAAAAGGGGAAUGGCUAUUUGUACCCAGUUUUUAAGAACAAAACUUUGACGUGCCAUAUGGACUACGUGAGGAAACUGUCCGGCAUUUUAAACCUUUCUGUGAAGGACGUCGAACCGUUGCUAAAAAAAAUGAUGAUAACGUCGAAGGUUAUUGAUAGCAGUACAUUCACCGUGGAUGUUCCCUUCUACCGAUCGGACAUAAUGCACUUCUGUGAUAUUGUCGAGGAUAUAGCCAUCGCGUACGGGUAUGGAAAUAUCGUAUCUGAAAAAAUUGAAAUUGCAAAAAAAAAUUCGCUAAGUGCAUGCACGGAGUUGUUCAGGAAUGUUUUAGCGGAGUGUACCUACACAGAGGUGAUGACAAAUGCGCUGCUAUCGAAGAGGGAAAACUACGACUGCAUGUUGAGGAAGCAUAGAAGCUAUGACGAUAGGAAGAUUAACCUGGAUGAGUACAACCCCUUGGCGCCCCCAGUCCAAAUAAUGAACUCCAAAACGUCAGAGUACGAAAUUGUUAGGACAUCUCUCAUUGUGAAUAUGUUAAAAUUCGUGUCCGCCAAUAAGCACAGGGAACUCCCCCUGCGCUUCUUUGAAAUUGGUGACGUUUCGUAUACCACGUAUGACAGAACGGAUACCAACGCUGUGAAUAAGAGGUACUUGUCUGUUAUCUUUGCCGAUAAGUUCACGGCGGGGUUGGAGGAGGCGCACGGCAUGCUAGAAACCGUUUUGAAGGAGUUCCAGCUUUUCAGUGAUUACAAAAUUGAGGAGAAGAGCAAGGAGAAUGUGGCCAUUCGGUCGGACGUGUUCUACAAGUUGGUGCCCAAGGAGGACCCCUCCUUCCUGAACGAGCGAGUAGUUGACAUCGUCUUGUGCCCGCACAACUUGAAGUUUGGCAUUAUGGGCAUAAUUCACCCGAAGGUUUUGGAAAAUUUCUCCAUCGACAUUCCAGUGUCCGUCAUAGAGAUAAACAUCGAAACUAUAAUGGACGUCCUGAUGAUGUGA